AUGGGACUUUCUCGAAGCGGAUUUGUUAACUUCAUUUUCCGUCCUGGGCGCUGCUUCCUGUCAGUGGACGAGGAAAUCGGAAGAGGAGUGUUUGAGAGAUUGUGUAAGGACCUUCUUUCGCUUCUAGUCCCCCCCCAAACCUCUAGCCGCUUUGGCUUCUCCAGUUCCAUCCCUCCCUCACUCCGGCCUUUGGCUUCUCCGGCUCCUCCACCCCCUCUUCCACAAAUCUCCGGCCGCUUUGGUUUCUCCAAUUCACCCCCACCUCUUCCACAAAUCUCCGGCCGCUUUGGCUUCUCCACCACCCCCCCCUUCUUCCACAAAUCUCCGGCCGCUUUGGCUUCUCCAAUUCACCCCCCCCUCUUCCACAAAUCUCCGGCCGCUUUGGCUUCUCCAAUUCACCCCUUCUUCCAUACAAAUCUCCGGCCGCUUUGGCUUCUCCAAUUCACCCCCUUCUUCCACAAAUCUCCGGCCGCUUUGGCUUCUCCAAUUCACCCCCUCUUCCACAAAUCUCCGCCCUUUGGCUUCUCCAUUCACCCCCCUCUUCCACAAAUCUCCGGCCGCUUUGGCUUCUCCAUUCACCCCCUUCUUCCACAAAUCUCCGGCCGCUUUGGCUUCUCCAAUUCACCCCCUUCUUCCACAAAUCUCCGGCCGCUUUGGCUUCUCCAAUUCACCCCCUCUUCACAAAUCUCCGGCCGCUUUGGCUUCUCCAGCUCCUCCCCCCCUCCCCGGCCUCCGACCGCGUUGGAUAGACCCGUCGCCUCCAAAUUGAUCUUCAAUUAA